CACUGCCGUCGUGUGAUGAGCUGCGGGACGACUGGGUGGACAAGGAGGAGAGCAGCAAACAGGCAGAGCAGACGCCGUCCUCAGAUCACCCCGACCGCCAACACCCCUACCGGACAGUGGACAGUGGACACCAGCAUCCCCAUUGCAGCUCCAAAGAAUGGAGGAACGCAAUGGCGCUCCACGUGAUCGCAUCCUUCAAACAGGCGGCAGAGAUCCAGACGCCCUUGUUGGCCAAGCAGGAGAGAUGGCACUGCAUGCGGUUGUCCCGCCCACCAUUGGGACCAAGGGUUUCUUCCUGAUGAUGGAACUGCCCUCUGAGCUUCGUCUGGAGAUAUACCGUUAUCUCCUUGUUUGCCCUGAGCCCAUCAUUAUUGAUUCCCUCAGGAGAGGGCCUUCUUCUACACCAACCUUAUAUGAUAAUCCCCCCCACCCUUCAGUAGCUAUCCUACAUACCUGCAAAACCAUAAAUGCAGAAGGAACUCCCAUCCUCUACUCGCAGAACCAAUUCAUCAUCUGCCUAUCAAUGGAGCCCGGCCCCUCUCUCUCCCUAGCCAAUUCCUCCAUCAUACGCUCCCUCCGCUGGUCCACCCUCUCCUACCUAACCUCCAUCUCAUUCGUCAGCAACACCAACAGCAACAGCAGUUCAGUAUCAGACCAGGACCCCACGCCCCGCAUCGUGGGGCCCCGCUCCCGGCCAUCCUUCACCUGCACCGGCGCCGAUAUCCUCGCUCGUUUCGCGAGCUCCGACUUCAGGUAUUCUCCAGCAGGACCGGAUCAGUACAUGGCACUGAGCAUUUCCAACUGGGUGUCCAUGCAGGUCAUGAGAGCGGAGUUGAGUGCCUUCCAGAGAGAUUUGGAGGCGAUGAUGAGGCCGAGCGAUGCGCUACUUGGCCUAUUUCCCGAUGACCCGGUGUCUUGAUGGUUUGAGGGGUGCGUGCAAGUUUAUGAGCUGCGAGGAGGUUGCUGGCCUAAUUUUGUGUCAGUGAUUGAGAACGAGGGACGCACGGGAGCAGAGGGCUUGUAGGUUUUUCCAAUUGAGAUGCUCAGCAGGAGGAGAUCAUGACUAGGCAUGAGGAUAUAUGUACGAAAUGGAGUUUUGCCAUACGUCGGUCACGGUGUUAGCUAAAUAGACG